AUGAGGCCAUGGCUUGAGAGGCCUCGAUGUUGGUUGGUGCCUUAUUCGCCAAUCAGUCACGAUCCGCUCCCCGUGAUCUCAGCCCGCCACUCCGGUGCUUCUCCGCGCACGGUGAGCGUUGUCUUCAGCUUCGCUCUCGAGCUGUCUGUCUUGGGUUUCUCUGUUGUCGGAUUUCCCGGGGCCUGUUUUACCAUAGGAUCCUGGAGGACUCAGCUCAAACCUCCCUGUGCCACGGCGGACGAGCUGUCCCCCGCGAUGGACCCUAAUGAGGUUCCCCCACCGCCGUACUCAGCGGUAGACCCCUUACUGUCGCAGUCAAACAGCAACAGGAAUGUGACUGCCUUAACAGACGGAAACCGCAACUUGCUGCGUCUGCGAGGUGGAGAUGCAGUAUCUGUGACUUCAGGCGGUGAAAUUACAACCGCGGCUCCAGGAUUGCCUGUGCACUUUACAUCAGCCGCUGCUUAUUUUGUGGAACGACCGCCUCCUGCUGUGGAGAGUGAACAGGAAACCAUGGAGCACCAUAUGACUGUCUACCCUCGGAGCCAGUCGAAGGAUUUCCCUCGUCGACCCCGUUGUUGGAGUUCGCGCAUGGAGAACAUCUCCCAGCAGGACUGGGAUAUGUUCCUACGUCACCUCUUUCCUCCGCACCUAGGCCUUGCAUCAUCAUCUGCCGAGCUGCCACGUCAAGUGAGAGCAGAGAUCCAAAGAGACCGCAAAGACCGGCCCCAGGAAACGGACGAAGAGCGUGAGAGGCGUAUCGCUGCUGUGAUGGCAGAAUGGAACCAGUGCUUCUUCGAACCCCGUGCUGCCCAGGUCGUCUUUUUCUACGUGACUGACCCUCGCGAUGCACCUGUAUCUCCACUAUGUCCUAGGUGCUAUCCCGCUGCGACUAGGGCGUCCCAAGAAACUCGUUCUGCGCAAUCGUCAGAAGUUGGCAGUGAACGCCCUUCAGCGGCAAACUUGUCUAUCACCCCUGCAGGUUACCCAAAUUCUCCAUCUCAUUUUGCGCAGAACCCUGCCCCCUAUGGAUUCCCGGCUUCAGGCAUCAAUCCAGCCCCCUUCUUUCCUCCACAUGGCGCACCUCCCUUCUUUCACCCCGGUCAACCUCCGCAUGCAUAUCCUUACCCGGCCCCUUACCAGCAAUAUCCCCCGUGGGGAUGGGGUGGCCAGCAACAUCAGUCUGAGAGUUUUGGUAAUAAAGGUGGACCUCUAGGAUGGAUUUCGGCCCUGGCUGCGCAAGCCCAAAAGUAUGGUGAGCGCAUCUCAGAGCAAGCCCAACAGUAUGGAGACCAGAUUAGCGCCCAUGCCCAACAUUACGGCCGACAGGUUGAAGAACAUGCUAUGGCUCAUGGCCGCUGGAUUGAAGAACAAACCGGUCUUCAAGGACGUAAAGUAGAACCCGCUUUCAGUGGCUGGUCCAGGUCCCCACGACAUCCGGCUUAUUACCCGCCAAUUCCGUCCACCCCCAAUAUCAACGCUCCCAGCAAUAAUCAGCCAUCUCCGCAGUUACAAAAUCAACGUAUCCGCAGAGCCUCGGUUGGGUCAAGCUGUUCAGAGUCUUCGCUAUCCUCUAUCGACUCCCUGUCUACGACGUCCGAGCUAAGUUCUUCCGAUCUUGCGACAGUCCGGGCACAGCUUCUCUCCUUGAAUGAUCAUCAUAACCGUGACCUGUAUGAUGCAGCGGUGGAACUCCGACGCCAACUGGAAGUCUUGCGGGAUUCACGCCGACAAGAGCGUAUCUCCUGCCGUAGCAGCCGCUGGAGAAACGGCUGGGGCCACCAGUCCCAAAACAGCUCCCAAGGACGCGGUAGCUGGGGCCGCUGGGAAUCGCCUCAAGAUCGACAACGCAACCAGGCCGAAAAACGGGCCGUCAAAGAGGAGAUGCGAGCCACCCGAAAGGCCUUCCGGGAUGUGUUGCGGCGUGCUCGAGACGAACAGCACGAGCAGCGUCGGAUGAAAAAGAAUCGACAACGCCAGGAACGUCGAUCUCGCCGGGGACAAAGGGAAGAACAGCAACCUGCGGCGGAGCCACCGGCAAGCUUAGAACAAAGUUUGCAGAAUCUGGACCUCAAUCGCAAUCGCAAUCGCGAGACUAUGCCUCAGGCCACAUCACUGCCCUCCGCCCAGCGGCCUGCAGCUGGAUCUGAGAGCAGUGCAGUCAAUGCAACCGGCACACCAAGCAUUGACUCUUCGCAAGAAGGGAAUGGAACAAAGGAGGAGAUAACCCCCAACACGACUCGCAAUUAG